GUUUGAUAGCCUUCGGUAGCUUCAGCUGCUGCCCGAGACGGUCCAGAAGAGCCGGACAGCAAUGGCGGCAAUUUUCAAAGCAAGGAAAGCCUUCGGGCUGUGCCUGGGUGGCUGCCGAGGUCUGGCUCAGCUGGCGGAGCUGCCGGAGAUGCAUCAGAUGUUAAGACAGACGUGCAGAGACUAUGCUGACAGAGAGAUAGCCCCUAUUGCUGCUAAACUGGACAAGGAGCAUUACUUUCCAGCCAAACAGAUUCAAGAAUUGGGUUCCAUGGGUGUCAUGGCCGUAGAGGUGCCGGAGGAGCUCGGCGGGGCAGGCCUGGACUAUCUUGCAUACAGUCUGGCUGUGGAGGAGAUAAGUAGAGGCUGUGCCAGCACUGGCGUGGUGGUCUCGGUUAACAAUUCUCUUUACAUUGGACCAAUACUGAAGUUCGGCACAGAAGAACAGAAAAGACAGUGGAUCACCCCCUUCACCACUGGCGAGAAAGUGGGUUGUUUUGCACUUAGUGAGCCAGGUAACGGCAGUGAUGCUGGUGCCGCGUCCACGCUGGCGUGUCAGCAGGGGGAUGAGUGGGUGCUAAAUGGAACCAAAGCCUGGAUCACGAACAGCUGGGACGCCUCCGCCACCAUCGUGUUCGCCACCACUGACAAGAGCCUGAAACACAAGGGGAUAAGUGCCUUUCUGAUCCCCAUGCCUCACCCAGGUCUUUCCCUGGGUAAGAAAGAAGAUAAACUGGGCAUCCGGGCCUCAUCCACUGCCAACAUUAUCCUGGAGGACUGCAGGAUACCCCUGAGCAACAUGCUAGGCCCUCGCGGAGCUGGAUUCAAAAUAGCCAUGCAAACCCUGGACAGCGGGCGGAUAGGCAUUGCAGCCCAGGCUCUCGGUAUCGCACAGGCUGCUCUGGAUUGUGCUGCAGACUACGCACACAAGCGCACUGCAUUUGGAGCUCCUAUUGGCAAGAUGCAAGCCAUACAGUUCAAACUGGCUGAUAUGUCUCUGGCUCUUGAGAGCGCCCGUCUGCUCACCUGGAAGGCUGCACUUCUACGGGAUGCCAAAAAACCCUUCACAAAGGAAGCAGCCAUGGCUAAACUUGCAGCAUCCGAGGCUGCUACGUUCUGCGCACACCAGUCCAUCCAAAUCCUGGGGGGAAUGGGUUAUGUGACGGACAUGCCAGCAGAGAGACAUUACCGAGAUGCACGGAUCACAGAGAUUUAUGAAGGUACCAGUGAGAUCCAAAGACUGGUCAUCGCUGCUCAGCUUCUGAAGGAAUACCAACCAUAGCUGCAGCCUUUAUGCUUUCAAUAAAUGAUGGCUCUGAUCACGGACCCGGCAUUGUACUGCUCCACCUGACGUCAUAACCUCACUAUGAUGCUCAUGUUGACUGAAGUUUGAGCAUAUCAGAUGUAUGCCCACUGACUCGUUUCGCUUCUGGUCCACAAGAAUGACAUGACAGUUUCGAAUAAUAUGAGCCAAAUUAUAAUAAUGUAAUAAUAAACAUUUUAUUUAAAGGCGCCUUUCAUGACCCUCGGGUCACCUUACACCAAAUACAAUAAAACAAAGCAAAUCAGUAAAACCCAUUAUUGCAGUCAACAAAA